CUCGAAAGUCAGACACCAUUUCCGGUGUCGCCACCUUCUUUGUCUCCGGCCCAACGUUUCGACACUAGGUCUCUUGUCUAUUUUUUUCCCAUUUAGUUUUGAGGAUAUAUUUAUACAUAUAUCCCAAUUUUUCUGAUAUUGAAUGACAGUCGACUCUGAAAUAUUUAUGCCUAAAAGUAAAGCGCCAAAAAUGGAUGACCUGGACUACAUCCCAGUAGACCUGAGCCCUGAGGAGCGCUCUGAGCUGGAGGACAUCCGCAGGAGGAAAGGCGUCCUGCUGCAGGAGAUCCAGAGGCUCAGGGAGGAGUUAAGAGAGGCCAUUUUGGAGGUGGAGGGACUGGAGACCAGCACAGAGGGCAGUAAAACUCUACAGAAAAGUAGGCAUGUGGCAAUGGGAAGGAAGAAAUUCAACAUGGACCCAAAAAAGGGCAUCGUGUUUCUGGUGGAGAACGAGCUCCUCAGACACACUCCAGAGGACAUCGCUCAGUUUUUGUACAAGGGAGAGGGACUCAACAAGACCGCUAUAGGAGAUUACCUGGGAGAAAGGGAUGACUUCAACAUCAAAGUUCUUCAGGCUUUUGUUGACCUCCAUGAGUUCACUGAUCUCAACCUUGUCCAGGCCCUCAGACAGUUCCUGUGGAGUUUCCGUUUGCCCGGUGAAGCCCAAAAGAUUGACAGAAUGAUGGAGGCCUUCGCUCAGAGAUACUGCCACUGCAACCCUGGCGUCUUCCAGAGCACCGACACAUGUUACGUGCUGUCUUUUGCCAUCAUUAUGCUGAACACGAGCCUCCAUAACCCCAAUGUGAGGGACAAACCUGGGGUGGACCGCUUCAUCUCGAUGAACCGAGGUAUCAACGAGGGGGGAGACCUGCCAGAGGAACUGCUCAGAAAUCUCUACGAAAGCAUUAAAAAUGAGCCCUUCAAGAUCCCUGAGGAUGACGGCAACGACCUGACACACACCUUCUUCAACCCGGACAGAGAGGGCUGGCUUCUUAAACUUGGGGGGCGGGUGAAAACCUGGAAACGGCGAUGGUUCAUUCUCACAGACAAUUGCCUUUAUUACUUUGAAUACACCACAGACAAGGAGCCGCGAGGUAUCAUUCCCUUGGAAAACCUAAGCAUCCGUGAGGUUGAAGAUCCGAGGAAGCCAAACUGCUUUGAGUUGUACAUCCCCAACAACCGUGGUCAGCUAAUUAAGGCGUGUAAGACAGAGGCUGACGGGAGGGUAGUGGAGGGGAACCACAUGGUGUACCGAAUCUCCGCCCCCACACCUGAGGAGAAGGACGAAUGGAUCCACAGCAUCAAGUCUGCCGUCAGUGUGGAUCCUUUCUACGAAAUGCUUGCAGCCAGAAAGAAACGUAUAUCACUGAAGAAGAAGGAGGAACAACCGUAGAUGAUUCCCUUCAUUCUCUCCCUGUCUUCCUCUGUCCUUCACACCUCUCCUUCCAACAUGGGACACAUGUUUUUGUCCAUGCUCUUUACUACAUGUUCAUAAGUUCUGUUACUCCAUCUUCCCAGUCCCCAAACGCAUCCUCUUCUUGAUAUGAGGACUUCUUGCUGUCCUGUCUACCAGACUUUUGAAAGCCACAUUCAGAGCAAAGAGCUCACCCCCUGUUCUUACACUACUGCUAUUUUAUUCAACCCGGCGCACUACAGCCACAGCACGCUGUCUGUCCCAUCUUCUCACCACAUUCCUCUCUCGUUCAGCAUUUAAGUGAACUGUGAAACAUGUCAUAGGCCAUAUUCACACUAAUGCAGAUCAUUUCAAGAACAUUUUUUUUCCUGUUUUGGCCCUAUAUUUACCUUAAGCCAACUUUUCAAAACCGCUCACCAAAUUUGGACGAAUUUGCAAACGUCGGGAACAAGGAGGAUUCAGAAAAGCUGUGAUUGCCAUUAUCUCAUGCGCUUGAUUGUCUUGAUCAGUUUUUAAGAAUCUUGACUUGCUGGAGCACUUUCUUCUCCGCAGUUGCUUUGUUAACCACAGAAAACUUUAAAAAUAGAAGAAAGUUGCUCCACAGAAAUGCUAAAGGUUGUGGGCUUGUUCAUGCCUAAUCUAUUUGUCUAUUUCACUGCCUUUUUAGCAUGUAUAACAGAGUUUCAGAAUACAAUCUAAAAAUGCUAAACCCAUGAAACAAACAGCUUUCUGAGAUUUAUCUGCAUUAAUGUGAAUAUGGUUUUAGGUAGAAAGCAGCUUCAGUUCUCGUGGAUUCUUCUUUCAGCCAGCUAAAUGAGAAAUCGCCUGUCUUGAUUGUGCUUAACCCAGGCAAAAUGUGAAUUCGCUAUUCAAACACUGAAUAGAUUUAGUUUCAGUUAUAUUUGGUCAGAGAGAAACAAAGCAGCAAAUGAUUCCAGAUUAUUGCUGUGUCCAUUACUCAACGGCUUUAAAUACACAUUAUUACUGUCCACUCUUAGAUACUGUAAACAUUAUGGGAGGAAUAUGUCACUGUUCAUGAUUGUUUAUAUUUGCCAAUUUGCAUCGCCAGGCUGCAAAUACGGUCGGGUCUUGAAGCAAAAAGUCACUUUAGAAUGAAUGGAGGCAAAAACAAGCAGUGUCUGCUUGUUUCAGCUCACAGAGACAACACACAUAUUCUUCAGCAUGUUUCCUAACAUGUUUGAGCAAUAGCGAAGUAGAAAACCGUAAUACGAGCCUGGAGGCUUUUUUAGCCGUUCCUUUAUAACACUAUACUGAGCAACGAUAAUCAUGUUCACUCAGAUAUUACGUUACAGCAUGCCACAAAUCACUUCCUUCUUGCAAAACACUACAAGACGAACAUCGGCAACUCUCCCACUUGUGAUAAACCUGUCAGACAUUAACUGUUAGAGCUGGGUCUUUCCGCUAUAGUGAGUCUCAAGAAAUCACAAAGGCAGCUCAUUACAAUGUAUACUUUUUGUAAAUAGAUGCUAGCAUAUUUGUUUACGAUACACAUAGAAAUGAUUUAAUUUAUUCUUUAUCUUUUGUUAAAAUCUGAUUUUUGUACGAGCUACUGUAGACCUGCAUGUUGAUAAACUGAGGCAUCAGUCGUAGGCACUGAUGCAUCGCUGAUCAUGUUAGUGCACUGAUUUGAAAAGUGUUAGUGUUCCCAGUGGAGUUGGAAAAAUGGCAUUUAAUGUGGAAGCUGAUUUAUGCAUAAAGUAAAUUGUCUUAAUUAUAGUUUCUUUGGAAAAGAAGAAGAUAUUUUGGAGAUGUUUUGUCGUCUGUUUAACUCCUGACCAUACUGCAGGUUUUUUGAGUAAAUCAGACUCAGUAAAGCACAAGUGGUAAUCAGUUUCACAGUCUGUUUAACUAACGUACAGCCUUUAUUGCAUUGUCUGCCCAGUGUCCUGAAAUUUUCCAUCAUACUACAGUGAUACAAAUGAAAAGACAACAAAACAAGGAACACUAAUUAAUCUUUGAUUCAUUACAUAAUAGUAAAAUAAUUCAGAUGUAAUGAAUCAGUAACAAGUCUAGAUUUGUGUUCAGUGAUAGAUUUGCUUGACAUCCAGUUCAUAAACUGUUAUUUCUAGUUGUUUAUUGAAGUUGGCAUUUUUAGAUGGUAGGAGAAAUAAUGUUCUACUGCACUUUAUCAAUUUAAGCAUUUGUGAGAAAAUGCUGUUACUUUGACUGACGCCACAACUCCAAUACCCUGUAGCACCCUCUACUUGUGAUCUCACACACACACACACACACACACACACACACACACACUGCAAUAUGCUGAUGGAUGAACCGUGAACUGGGUGGGAAUAUAGAAUACCAUCACCUGGUCAGUUCUAGCUAUAGCAGCAACAGUUCCUAACCAACAUGCACUGUAUUUGCUCAACUGAUAGAGAUCGUGUCGCAUGAAGCUGAAUGGGGUCUUUUCUCUUUGAUCAAAACAUAUAGACCUUGUUUCAAAAACACAGCAAGUGAUUGGUCCUUCAAGCACAGAUCUGUUAUUGCCUUUACUCUCCCACUUCAUCAAACUGACAAAGGCCUAAUAUUAUAACUAAAUGUUUGUGCUUAUAUAAAUCUCAUGGACUGUCUGUAGGCCCUCAUUUGAAGUGCAAAGUUGCCAAAAAAAAUACUGUUGGGACAACAGAUGUUUCCAGUAAAACAAAAGAAUGAACACUGAAAAGAUCAGACCAAAACUGGUCCUCUAUUUCAGAUUCCUUUGAACCCAGAGUCACCUCUUUCAGAAAACGUCUUUAUUUUGUAUUUAUUUAUUUUUAUUUACUGUGAGGUGAAGAUGGAUAGAUCAUCUGUAAAUGUAGCAAAAGGAAAACCACGAUACAUUGCUGCCAGUAAACUACUGUGUAACAAUAAAAGGUAAACCGAGA